AUGACGAGAUUUCAACUCAACCUCCGCCGCGGGCACAAAUUCGUCCUCUCGGCACUUCUUUUCGGACUUUCCAUGGCUCGUAUCAUGGCCAACGUGCUGCGCAUUGCCUGGGCUGUCCACAAUGACAACGCCCGCCUCGUCAUCGCGGCCUCCAUAUUCGCCAACGCUGGCAUGCUGCUUCUUUUCGUCGUCAACUUGAUCUUGCUGCAGCGCGUCGUCCGGGCUUACCAGCCUCAGAUAGGCUGGAGCAAAGCGUUUGGUUGGACUUUUCGACUCUUAUACUCUGGUAUCGCCGCUUCUCUCAUCAUGGUUGUUGUUUCAGUUGUGUACAGCUAUUACACGCUCGAUUCUCAUACCCAAUCCCAGCUCCGAUGCAUACGGCUCGUCACGGCUGUCUACCUCGCGGUGUUGGCCUUUGUUCCUAUUCCAGCAGUCAUCACUAUACUCCUACUUCCACGCUCGUUCCCCAUCGAGCAUUUUGGCCGAGGCACUAUGCGUAUCAAAGUGGUUCUACUCCUUUUCACCUCGGUCCUCCUCUCUCUCGGCGCCUGUUUCCGCGCUGGCGGUGCCUUCAUUCAACGACCGACCGAGAACCCUGGAUGGUUCAAUUCUAGGGCGGCUUAUUACUGCUUCAACUAUGUAAUUGAGUUGGUUGUGGUCUUCACCUACGCCUUGUCUCGUUUCGAUCGCCGAUUCCAUAUUCCCAACGGAAGCAAAGGUCCAGGCGACUACUCCAAUGGGGGGCUGGGCGGUAUGUCAGGGCAACAAAGUACCGAUGAGGAGACUCUUUCGGGGGAUGAUGAUGGCGUGCCGUCUACCGGACAGCAGGUGCCUUUGAAGAACAUUGCAAACAAGAAGGCAUAA